GGGCCCUAAAGUUUUAGGGUUUACGUUUCGGCUCCUUCUUACAGCUGAAGGGUUUAUCGGCCGUGAUCGUUCGUUCGUUCGUUCCCUCUGUAUCCAAGUCGUAGCGUUGCCCUUCAACUCUCUCCGGCUGCUUAUUUGAGAGAAAAAGAAAAGAAGAAGAAACAACAAUGGGGAAGAAAAGAAAACACAGUGAGACGGAGGUGGCACCGCCAAAGAAGGAUGUGAGUGCUGAAGAGAGACCUAAAAGGACGCUAUUGGGUUGGAAAGAUAAGGCUGAAGAAGUAAAGAAAGAAAGUGAUUCCAUGGGUUUCAGGAACAAGGAGAAGGUUCUGGUCACUUGCUCGCGCCGCAUUAAUUUCAGGUACCGGCAUUUGAUGUUGAAUAUAGUGUCGCUCUUGCCCCACUGUAAGAAGGAUAACAAGGUCGAGUCGAAGGCUAGUAAGGGCACCACUUUGAACGAGCUGGUCGAGCUAAAGAGUUGCUCUUCCUGUCUUUUUUUUGAGUGCAGGAAACAUCAAGAUCUUUAUCUAUGGAUGGCAAAAUGUCCCAAUGGGCCAUCUGUCAAAUUUUUAGUUAAUGCUGUGCACACAAUGGAGGAAUUGAAGCUUACUGGAAACCAUCUGAAAGGGUCUCGUCCUAUUUUGACAUUCUCAGACAAUUUUGAUAAAGAUGCCCAUUGGAAACUUUUGAAAGAGUUGAUAAUUCAGAUAUUUGGAAUACCAAAGGAACACAGGAAAUCUAAGCCUUAUCAUGAUCAUGUAUUUGUUUUCUCCAUUGUUGAUGACCACAUAUGGUUCCGGAAUUACCAGAUAUCUGUACCUCAUAAUGAAGCAGAUAAAGUACCUCGAGGGGGCCUAGAGAAUAUGACCCUUGUUGAGGUUGGUCCACGAUUCUGCUUGAACCCAAUCAAAAUAUUUGCUGGCAGCUUUGGAGGCCCUACCCUCUAUGAGAAUCCAUUUUACAUAUCACCAAAUCAGAUUCGAGCUUUGGAGAAAAGGAAAAAGGCUGGGAAGUAUGCAAAGAAAGUCAAAGCAAAGACAAGAAGGAAGAUGCAUGAGCUAUCGAAUCCACUGGAGCCUGAUGAGUUUGCAGAAAUGUGGAAAGAAUGACAGAUUUGAAGACCUCACCCUUUCUUGUAACAAGGAACGGAACUUCCUUUUUCACCUUGUAUUAUUAUCAAAGAUUGAAAUGGCAGAUUUUGGUUAACUGCUCCUGCCUUUUAAUGGUGUUUCAUAUUGGCCCCCAGUUGAUUAGCUUGUGUAUUCAAGUUGGGGCAUGUUGAGAUCAUCUAUAUAUUAUUUGCUUCUCUUGUUCUCU